GCGGAUGAACUUAGACAGUGGGUCGCCAUCGUGAAAGACGGUGUUAACGUCGAUAGACAUCAUUCGUAUCGUACAGUAACCCGAAUGUCAGUCGAUACAUGCAAACUCGAUGGCCAGGAUCGGAAAACUUUCCCAAUUCACGUAUCACAGAAUAUGGGACCCUUAGAAACGUAUCGCUACCUCAUGGAACACGUAGCAGAUCCUAGAGUGGCAGACUGGCUUCUAAUGGGUACUCCGUUUCCAUUAUUAGCGAUUGUAUCACUGUAUCUGGUGAUCGUUCUUCGUUUGGGUCCAUUAUAUAUGAGAAAUAGAAAACCGUACAACUUGAACAAAGUUAUGAUUUUUUAUAAUAUUUUCAUGGCGAUCGCGAGUGGAUGUGUUUUUCACGGGUUACUUACUUCAGGUUACACCACAAAAUAUUCUUUGGGAUGCGAACCUCAUAUUGUUUCACACGAUCCUGAGUCUUAUCGAAUGGCUAAAUGGGUUUGGAGGGUCGUAUUGUUAAAAGUCUUCGAAUUAAGCGACACAUUUAUUUUCAUAUUAAGAAAGAAAUAUAAUCAAGCGUCAUUUCUUCACAUCUAUCAUCAUACGUCGACUGUUCUUCUUUCAUGGAUCGCGUGUAAAUUUGUCCCAGGAGGUAUGUGGACGUUUACGAUUAUGCUAAACUGCAUCGUGCACGUGAUUAUGUACACCUAUUAUCUUCUUGCCUGCUUGGGGCCAGAAAUGCAAAAGAGGAUCGCACCUUUGAAGCAAUACAUUACAGGAUUACAGAUGGUUCAAUUUAUUAUCAUGAUAUGUCACACCAUCCAAACUUUGUUACCCUCCUGCGAGCCAAAUCGAAAACCAGUGGCUUAUCUCUACAUGUCUCAGAUCCUUAUAAUAUUCUAUAUGUUUUGCGAUUAUUAUAAGAAAUCAUAUUUUAGAAAGAAAGCGGACUAA